AUGGCCUUGCCACCAGCCAGUGGGACAAAAGGCAGGUCCCCAGAGGCUGUGGGAAGAUACAGGGCAGGAAGGUGGAGACGUGAGAGAAGCCAGGAAGCACUGGCUUCCUCUCUCCAGGGCUUGGCUGCAGGAAACCCAGCCCUCCUGCUUUCCAAGGUGCUUCCUGCAGAUAAGUGGGCUUCCGACUGCCCCUUCCUGCUGCCCCCUUUCCCCACCCCUCCCAUCCUGCCCAGCCCCCAGGGGAUCCUCAGCUUCCCUACUCAGGCCAGGCCAGUGGCCUUGGGAAGAGCCUGGAGGGGGCUGGUGGGAGAUCUGGCCAUCCUGGGGCCACACUUCCCGGCAGGGAGCAUCCGCCCAGGCUUCGGGAGAAAGCAGGGCCAGACCCACAGACAACGCUGGAGAUUCGUCUCUGUGGGCCCUGGUGCCCACGGCGGCCCCCAUCCCCGCUCCAGGACCCCCCUCGCCACCGCAUUCUCCCCGGCGGUCCGCGGACGCUCGCCCGCCCGUCCGCAGCCGAAGGGCGGUGCGGCCCUCGCUGCUCAGCCACUCCCCCAGCCGCGAGGCCUAGGGCUCCCCACGCCCCCGGCGCAGCCCCCAGGGAACCCGCCCAGGGGCUCGGCCCCGGCCCCGGCCCCCCGCACUAGCCUUCGCACCUCGCCCCGGGACCCCGCGCGGGGCCCCCAGCCCUCCCGGUCCCCAACGCGGGCGCGGCCCCAAGCCGCCCCCGCUUCCCUCCCGGCUCAGGCCCCCUCCCCCCGCCGCCCCCGCCCCCGGGGAAGGCAGGCGCCGCGCUGA